GCUCAAAAAAUGCAAUAAUUCUUCUCUGGCACCUUCCCGAACCGAAAGGGAGGACAGCAGGGACAAGAGGAAGAAGCUCUUAAAGGCGUCACAGCUUUUCUUCCAUUCCAUUUGGUUUCUUGAUUCCUCUGUUAAAAAAAAACAUACUUUGCACAUCAUCAGCUGACCCUUCCGAGCAAAAGAGAAAUCCUUUUUCUGCCCUCUGCUAUUUCGCCAUUUCUGUUCGUCCCACCAGACAAAAAUCCCCAUCUUCCCCAACCGGUUGUGCCGUGUGCGUCACUGAACAAGAACACGACCGGUUCCUAUUCCCUAGAUCUGCGUGGAGGCGGCGUGGAGCCUGAAUCCGGCAAAAGGGUUGCAGUUGCAGUUGGUUGGCCGGAGCGCCCGAGCCCGCCGUCAACAUCCAAUCUUGGCGCCGGACCGGCCGUGCGCCGCCGCCGUCUUCCUGCGGCGACAAGGAACAGGCAAAGUCGGCGGAGAUGGUGCCGUGGGAAGGGUACGUGAGCGACGAGACGAUGGGCACCUUCGCGCCCAUCGUGCUCUACUGGGUGUACGCCGGCGGCUACCAGCUUAUCCUGCACCGCCGGCCGCUCGAGCGGUACAGGCUCCACACGCGGGCUGAGGAGGAGGAGAAGAACCUCGUCAGCCUACCCGCCGUUGUCCGCGGCGUGCUCCUGCAGCAGCUCGUGCAGGCCAUCGUCGCGAUGAUCCUGUUCAUGGUCACAUCAGAUAGCUCAGUAACUGUAGUUCAGCCACCUAUUGUCGUUCAGAUCUUUCAGUUUUUAAUUGCGAUGCUCGUGAUGGAUUCAUGGCAAUAUUUUGUGCAUCGCUACAUGCAUCAAAACAAGUUCCUUUAUCGGCACAUCCACUCUCAACAUCAUCGGCUCAUUGUUCCUUAUGCUAUUGGGGCUCUCUACAACCAUCCAUUGGAGGGGCUGCUUUUGGACACCUUAGGUGGUGCCAUCUCCUUCUUGGUAUCCGGUAUGACACCAAGAACAGCUGUCUUCUUUUUCUGUUUUGCUGUCCUCAAGACGGUCGACGAUCACUGUGGACUUUGGUUACCGUAUAACAUCUUCCAGAACCUGUUUCAAAAUAAUACUGCCUAUCAUGAUAUCCACCAUCAACUCCAAGGCACAAAAUACAAUUACUCCCAGCCCUUCUUCUCGAUCUGGGACAGAAUACUGGGGACCCACAUGCCGUACAACUUAGUCAGCAGGAAGGAAGGUGGAUUUGAAGCAAGACCGUUGCGAGACUAGCUUGAGCUCAAUGCAAGUGUACAGAUCUCCAGUGAAAGAGUGAGAUACAAUGGUCAGCCUCCCCUUCACAUGAUUAGAAGCUCACAGGGGCCCAUCUACUUGUAAGACGAUGAAACUGUGCCGGUGCUGCUUUUGGCAUCUCGGUCCAAGCCAUAUGUUACUUGGGAAUGGACUGAAGCUCCUGCAUCGCUUGUUCUCCUGCAGUUCAUCUAGAUGGGAGGGUCCAUUUCGAAGUCUGAAUGUGUGAUACGGUGGUUUGUAUGCAUGGUACCUGUUAUAUGUGGUUAUUUUUCUUCCUUUUGUGCAGAGCUUCCAUUACAUCGCUGUGCAGAUAGUGUAUUUGAAAAUCACGCUUCUGUAUGUACCCAAUUAUAUUCGUGUAAUUGUAUCUCUGGGCAUGACGAAUCUGACUUUUUACUGUACUGGUACUGGUACUGAUGGUUUGCAGGCUGGCU